GUGAUGCUGAGGAGAGAGCAUCCCUCCCUCCCUCAGUCAGUGCCCAGGAUCCUGUCUCCAUCCCGGGCCUCCCCGCAGUCACCGUCCCCCCGGCCGCUCCAGGCUCCAGUCCCGGGCUCCAGGCUCCAGUCCCGGGGCUCUGAGGCUCUGAUGUCCGCCAGGCCGAGCCCUGUCCCCGGGCACUAGUCUCUGCUCUCCCUCGGUUCAGGAGGCGGAGGGAGGAUGGUGGAUCUGACCGAACACUGCUCCGUCCCGGGGCCACAGGAGCAGGGCUUGAAUCACGGGAACCAAAUCACGACCAAGUCCAAACGGAGGAAACGAAAACGCGGCGGCAGAAAGAGAAACAAACACAAGAGCCGCGCGCCGCCGUUUCUCCCGCCGGAGGCUGAAGAGGGAAACAUUGAAUACAAGCUGAAGCUGGUGAAUCCGUCGCCGUACCGCUUCGAGCACUUGGCGACGCAGCUCAAAUGGCGUCUGCAGGAGGGACGUGGAGAGGCCGUGUACCAGAUCGGAGUGGAGGACAACGGGCUUCUCGUCGGACUGUCCCCCGGAGACAUGAACGCAUCACUGCAAACACUCAGCCGCAUGGCACACAAGGUGGGUGCAGACAUCGCUCUGCUCAGAGAGAGGGAGGUGGAUUUUGACUCUGACCAAAACGUAUCUCGUAAAAUCGCUGAAGUUUUGGUUCGUAAAGUUCCAGAUGAUCAGCAGUUCCUGGACCUGCGCGUGGCCGUGUUGGGGAACGUGGACUCGGGGAAGUCCACUCUCCUGGGCGUCCUGACUCAGGGGGAACUGGACAACGGACGUGGCCGAGCUCGACUCAACCUGUUCAGGCACCUGCACGAGAUCCAGAGCGGGAGAACCUCCUCCAUCAGCUUUGAGAUCCUGGGCUUCAACAGCAAAGGCCAAGUGGUGAACUACAGUGAGUCCAGGACAGCGGAGGAGAUUUGUGAGAGCUCUUCAAAGAUGAUCACGUUCAUGGACCUGGCCGGGCACCACAAGUACCUCAAGACCACCAUCUUUGGACUCACCUCCUACUGCCCAGACUUCGCCCUGCUCGUGGUGAGCGCCAGCACCGGUAUCGCGGGCACCACCAGGGAGCACCUGGGCCUGUCCAUGGCUCUGAAGGUGCCCGUCUUCAUCGCGGUCAGUAAAGUGGACCUGGUGAGUCGAGGGGCCGUGGACAGGACGGUCCGGCAGCUCCAGAGGCUCCUCAAACAGCCCGGCUGCAACAAGGUCCCACUGGUCAUCAGCAACCGGGACGACGCCGUCAUGGGAGCGCAGCAGUUCAGCCAUGGGACCAGCGUGACCCCGAUCUUCACCAUCUCCUCGGUCUCUGGGCAGAGUCUGGACCUUCUCAAAGUCUUCCUGAACGUUCUUCCUCCUCUGAGCAACAGCAAAGAGCAGGAGGAGCUGAUGCAGCAGCUCACGGAGUUUCAGGUGGAUGAAAUCUACUCAGUCCCUGACGUGGGCACCGUGGUGGGGGGCACCCUCUACAGUGGCGUGUGCAGAGAGGGGGAGCGUCUCCUCGUCGGCCCCACGGAGCAGGGCCAGUUCCUGAGACUUCGUGUGGGGAGUAUCCAGAGGAACAGAUCCGCCUGUCGGGUGCUCCGCGCCGGGCAGGCCGCCACACUCGCCCUGGGCAACUUUGACCGCUCCCUGCUACGAAAGGGCAUGGUGAUGGUGAGUCCUAAGAUGAACCCCACCAUCUGCUGCGAGUUCGAAGCCGCCAUUGUUCUUUUGUUCCACGCAAAGACGUUCCGCCGAGGUUUCCAAGUCACUGUGCACGUGGGAAAUGUGAGACAGACGGCAACGGUGGAGUGUCUGCAGGGCAAGGAGGAGCUGAGGACCGGGGAACGUGCCGUGGUCCGAUUCCGGUUCCUCAAACAUUCUGAGUAUCUGCGCGUGGGAGCCAAGCUUCUGUUCAGAGAGGGAGUCACCAAAGGCAUCGGCCACGUCACCAGACUGCUGCCCCGACCAGACCAGAACCUGGACCAGAACCUGGACCAGGACCAGAGACAGAACCAGGGUCAGAACCGGAACAAAGGCCAGGACCAAGACCAGGGCCAGAAACAGGGCCAAGACCAGAACAAGGACCAGGAUCAGGGCCAGGUUCUGAGCAAGGACCGAAAGCUGAGUCUACACCAGGAUCGGAGCAAAGGCCAAAACCAGAUCCACAAAGUCAAAUCGGGCCAGAACCAGAACCAGGACCAGAACAGGCAUCAGGUUUAGUAGGACGUGCUUAAAUGCUCUAAUUCUCUCUGCUUCUGUCGUCUGUCCCCAUAGUUUUAUUUUUUUAUUUCAUCGUCUGGUCUCAGUUCAAACGGCUGCAUGUUCCAAAAGUGAAAACAUGUUCUGUGCAAUUUUUUACUUCAAGAGUCGUCCUGAGAGGGAAGUUUAACCCAGGACUAAACCGGGACUAAACCGGGACUAAACCGGGACUAAACCAGGACUAAACCGGGACUAAACCGGGACUAAACCGGGACUAAACCGGGACUAAACCGGGACUAAACCGGGUCUAAACCGGGUCUAAACCGGGUCUAAACCGGGUCUAAACCAGGACUAAACCAGGCCUGAACCAGGACUAAACCAAAACUAAACCAGGACUAAACCAGGACUAAACCAGGACUGUGGGUUUGUGGCCAACAGCUUCAUUUUCACUGAUAAUAUUUUGAGAAAAAACAUUUGAACAUUUGAAAACAAUAUGAAGAAUGUUACACAAGUUUUACAAAGGUCAAAGGUCAGUAUUUGAGGAGGGCAGUGUUUUUUUUCCUUUCAGGACGACUCGGUUUGAAUCUGCUGUUUCCUGAAUCUGCACUUUAUCUAAAUAUGAAACAAAUAAAAUAAAAGUAAAGAAACAGACAGAAAAAAUGACUCGGAAAUGAGAAACUUAAGGUUUAUUCUUCCACAAAAACAGGUGCUUUUCAUUACAAAACUGUCACUAAAUAAUACAAAACUUAUUUAAAGG